GGGUCUACUCAGAGAUUGAUGAAAGUGUAUUGUAGUUUAGAUGCUCACAGUUAUUUCCUCAGUGGCGAGAUUGGGAAUAUUGGAUCGCUCCUGUUAUAAUCAAUGAAGCCGUGCAAUAAAGCUGUCUGUGUGACCUGCGGACAAGCUCAACACUUCGGUAGCAGCUUUAUCCAUGGCAUUCUUGCAGAGAACUGGAGACUACUGCCACGCUCAACAUCCAAGAGUUUAAACCAGGGGAGAAUGCUUGACACACUACCCACUGACCUGCACUGAUCUCUGGAUGCACUGAGAAGCUGUUCCCUCUGCUGCCUGUGGUUCCACCACCCAAAAUUCCUCACAAAUCUAAUGGGGUGAUCUUGCCUCUCUGGCUAGAGUAAGCCAUUAAAGAGAGGAUACAAGACUUUGGGACUUUGAACAUUAAGGAGUCAUACAGUGUUUUAUUCACAUAGAAAUAUCUGAGACUGAACACGACAGUGAAGAAGAUCCAUUGGGUGAUUUUGGUUGUAAACAGUUUCUUUCAAAGUUUGGACACUGAGUUGGAGGUGGCACAAUGGCUCGAAUGAACCGGCCGGCUCCAGUGGAGGUGUGCUACAAGAACAUGCGAUUCUUGAUAACACACAACCCUACAAACUCCACUCUGAACAGCUUCAUAGAGGAUCUUAAGAAGUAUGGUGCCACAACGGUGGUCAGAGUGUGUGAGGUAACCUACGACAAAACCCCACUGGAGAAAGAUGGAAUCACAGUCGUGGACUGGCCGUUUGAUGAUGGCGCUCCCCCUCCCUCUAAAGUUGUAGAGGACUGGCUCAGUCUACUGAAGAGACGCUUCAUGGAAGAGCCCGGCUGCUGCGUGGCUGUGCACUGUGUGGCCGGUCUUGGAAGAGCUCCAGUACUUGUGGCCGUGGCACUGAUUGAGAGUGGGAUGAAGUAUGAAGAUGCCAUCCAGUUCAUCAGACAGAAGCGCAGGGGUGCGAUAAACAGCAAGCAGCUUACCUACCUAGAGAAAUAUCGUCCCAAACAGAGACUGCGCUACAAGCACCCGCACAUUUUCAAGAACAAGUGCUGCAUCAUGUGACUGCAUCCUCACCCUAAUCGAGCUGAACCGAAUGGACUGGGCCACCACUGAUGCACUUUGCUGAUUUGCUAUUCAAAUACAAACUGAUUCGGUCUGGUUGAAGUUGAAAACCCCACUGGUGCCUAAAUCCUCACUCUGUGGAGUGGAUACUGCCAUGACCUUUUUAAGAUGCACCACUUCGGUGGUCACUAAAAGGCUGUGUAUCUCCAAGAUCAAUGAGAUAGGCCAAAAGCAGCCUAUGGCCUUUGACCCUGCAUCUGGACUGACAUGACACCCUAAUCAUGCCUCAAAUGAUUGUGAUUUGUCUGAAGGAGCCAGCUGGUGUAAAACAAUGUGAAUCGUGGAAAAUGUGUGCUUUCUCGCUCUCUUGUUUUUGUUUCUACCACUAUUCCUGCUCUCCCCUGCCAGGAGUCAGAGUUUUAGAUGACUACAGUCCUUAAUACUUUCAGUUUUAAGCACAAAUCUUUCCACUUCUGACCUUUUUCUUUGAUACUUUGAUGCUGUUGAGCAAACAAUGGUAGAAGUGGAUUGAUGAAGGGCUCAUGUGAACAAUAUUUCUAUUUCAUAAUAGAAAUAGAAAAUGCUGUUUCCAAUAGAGUUGAGUACCAGACACUAAAUGGUUUCUGAAAGCUAGAUGAAGGCCUGUGUCUAUGAAGGCUCAAAAAUGCUUCUUAUGAAUGUUUUUGUGCUAAACUUGUUCUUUCCAUAUCAAACUUCUGGUUUAUUGGAGUAAUUUUAAUGUGAUAGGACAAUUGCAGGCCUGAAUUGAAGGGAUUGUUAAAAAUUUAGUUUCAAGCCUUUAUGACUUAAGUACUUCUAUGGAACACAAAGAGAGAAACUUUGAUGAAUGUUCAAGGUUCUGUUUUCCAUACAAUGAAAGUGGAAGGGACCCAGGAGCUGUCAAGCUUCAAAAAGGAGAAAAAAACACCAUAAAUGUAGUCCAUGCGACUCUUGCACUUUAUUCUAGGUCUUCUGAAGCCAUAUGAUAGCUUUGUGUGAGGAACCAACUGAAAUGUAAGUUAUUAUUUACUGAAAAUCUUGCUUCACAGAUAUUGUCACCAUUCACUUUCAUUGUUUGGACAAGAAUCACAUGGACAUUCUUCCAUAUAUAACUCCUUUUUUUGUUCCACAGAAGACGGAAAGUCCACCAGUUGCAUAAUACAAAUAAAGGCUAUUGCAAUGAUGAA